GCUGCCGCGUACGCAGUUUCCAUGGGGACUGAAGAUGGCGCCGCGAGGUGAGAUUUCGGAGGUAACCGGUUGUCCUCAACACCCCUGGAAAUCUUGUUUUUCCUGAAUGGGUGGUAUUAUGCUACCUAUUUCCUGCUAGAACUCUUCAUAUUCCUGUAUAAAGGUCUCCUGCUGCCAUAUCCAACAGCCAACCUAGUAUUGGAUGUGGUGAUGCUCCUCCUUUAUCUUGGAAUUGAAGUAAUUCGACUAUUUUUUGGUACAAAGGGAAACCUCUGCCAGCGAAAGAUGCCACUUGGCAUUAGUGUGGCCUUGACCUUCCCAUCUGCCAUGAUGGCCUCCUAUUACCUGCUGCUACAGACCUACGUACUCCGCCUGGAAGCCAUCAUGAACGGCAUCUUGCUCUUCUUCUGUGGCUCAGAGCUGCUGCUUGAGGUGCUUACCCUAGCUGCUUUUUCCAGUAUGGACAGGAUUUGAAGUACAAAAAUUUCAGCCUGCAGCUGAGGCUGACACCACACAUAUAUACUUCUGGUACUGUUGCCUGCACCUGUGAGAAGCGGGGGUCACCACUGGCCUGGAAAGGUUGUACGGCUUUUCCUCAGCACUGACAUUUGGGUGUCCAGCCCACAGAAGGCCAGUGGGCAUGACUGGCUAGACCAGGACUGUCAGCCCCAGAGACUCUUCUAUACUCCAUUCUAGGGAGGGGCAAGGCUAUCCCCAACCUGGUCCGUCCCAGAACAAUUUCUUGCUGACCUCAAGUUCUCCUCUUUGACUGUUGUGGCCAGAGCAUCUUGUGUGGACCAUCUAGACUCCCUGGGCUUCCAGGAGGACCCGAGCAAUAUAUUCCCUAUAUGUGCUGUGCCACAUCUGACCUGUAUGCACACAGAGAGCUUCAUGGUGGUGGGCUCCCAGAAUGAUGCAAAAUCCUCCUACCCCGUCUCUCAAGGACACUGAGCUCCAGAACCUUUGUAGUAGCUUAUGGUAUUAUUUUUCUACUCUGAUCAUGAAGCAAACACUAUUUUAUAAUAAAUAUGUAUUUUCUGUUGUGGGG